AUGUCAAGUCGCACAAUACGCGUUCCUAAGGGAAUGCUCCGUUUGCAGGGCCUGGAAGAAUGUAAGAGGCCUGAGGGUAGACGUCAGCAGCGCCCGUCAAGGAGUGGUCAUCGUACUUACUCGAAUGCUCCACAGUGCCGAAUCCUGAGCAUGAGAAACGAUGGAGCCUACGAGCGACAAGACACGUCCUUUAUGGAAGGUGCCCGGGGGUAUGAUGUCGUCGUUCCUGGAGGGAAUCACAAUGCGAGAGAACUACAUCCCAAUGUGAUUUGUUGGCAGAGAGAUUACAAGAAACAAUGCUCCCCACGGAUGAGACGUGACGGGUUCUCGAGGGUAAGGGAGAAGUAUAAUGUUGCCACGGAGAGCGAAGGCCAGUUGAGGACCCAAAACGUAUUGGCCAUAAGGCUCACAGACAAUCACGGUUGUAGCAUGGAGGGAACUAGGCAUGUCAACCAAGCGCUUGGAAUGCGUGAUGAGCAUACAUGGUUACAAGAGAUUAACCAGGACAAGAACGUAGGGGUAGUACAUGUCCUGAAAUUCAGCCUCUAUGACGGGAUCAGGGCAGUCAGUUCGCAGGAAGUGAGGGGGACCACGGCGUUGGUGCUUGAGUACAAUAUGAAGUACACAGGAGUUAGGCGAAGUAUAGGUGAAGUGAAGUGUGCGUCUGGUACACGGGACAAGUGUGCGUCUGAUACACGGAAUUGCUUUGGGCAUCUUGUCUGGUACCAAGGGGAGACAACAAUUGGACCGAAACAAGUGGAAGUCAUUUGCCAGUUGUGUCUGAUUAAUGAAAUUGCUAGGCGAGAAGAGGACUGUUCCGGUCAUGAAAGUGAUGAGCUGGUUUGGAUUGCGGGUGCAGAAAGCGAUCGGGGUCAGAACUGGCUGAGCCAUGUGUUCUGGGUUGGAAGUCAGGUCAUUUCCGAUCAGGAUGGUGCGGGGAGAUUCAGGCUACACCAUACGCAUGUUGUGGUUUGUGAUGCAACAUUGAGGUCAUAUGGAUUAAUAAUAGCCGGAAGAAGGAAUUGGAGCAGGGUCCGCUCGAAUGGAUCUUAUCGUCUCAAAGGAGAAGUGGUGCCUGGCGCGCCGGGUACCACAGACACUUUGUUCAAAGAUGAAUCAGGUACGAUUUCAAUGGACAACAUAGCCGUGGAUGUGCUUGAGUUGGCGAACAGAGUGUCGGUACAGAGUGUUGGUCAAAUCGUCGACUGGUUUGGUAGACCUAGCCGUGCCGGCGGUUAUGCAGACGAAGUGUGCACGGUGUUGCAUAGGUAUUGUAAUCAUGCAGAGGGUAGAGUAGUAGAAUUCCGUGCAACAUACGUCUUCGACACAAACGUUUCUUCGUCGCUGAGCAUCGAUGCGCUCAACCCUGGGAACAUUGUGAACUUGAGGGGGAGUGUGGUUGCGUUCAACAGUGUGAGAAAUCAAUGGGAAAUCAAAGAAGGCGGAACAGGAUUCGUAGGAGUAGAAGGCAACAGGGACACUCAUUUUAUACCAAUGAAAAAUUGUCAACCGUAUAAUCCUCCUGGUGAUAAAAAAUCUACACAAAAUUGUUCAAAUUAUCAGUGUAAUGAUGAAUCACAUUACUCUUGUUGGAAUGCAUUGAAUGAUUUAUUUACUUGUGAACAUAAGUUUGGGGAUAAACCAGUGAUAUGGAUGUUUGAGUAA